UUUUGUCAGCGGCAGUCGCCGACACAAGCUGUGAGGUUUCUCGUGUAUGUUCUUUGUCUUCCAGGCCGAUAACCGACUGUAAUUGGCGAAACGUGCUUAGUACGUUGACAAUUUCGCGAAAAAAAUCGCCACUUGCGCCAAAACACACGGGAGUUAAGUGAUAAAUAAGUGGGAUUUUGACUCGUGUGCGGGGUGGCUGUGGAUUUUGUGUUUGCCGAUUGUUUUUCGCAGUUUUGACCCACCCCCGUCGAAGAAAAUUGGAUCAUGUGUGCGAAUUAAUUUUCUUUGGCUAGUCUCAAAUAACUUCGCCGACGAUGUAAAGUGAUGGCGAGAAGACGCAGACAAAAAUUGAGGGGGUCCUGAGCUGCGUGUGACGGGUUCGUUGCACCGCGGUCGCCAUGGAUCACAGCGUGAAGGCGAUGACGUCGCCCCGCAUCCUGGCCAGGAUGCUCAAUCCGCACCGCUUCGAGAACGACGAGCUGGAACAACUGUACCAGAGAUACAUCUGCAAGCUGCAGCAUUCGAGCGUCGCGGGCGUCGUCGCCCUCUUCGUCGUCCUCACCUGCCUGAUGGCGGCGCUCGGACUGGUGCAUUCGCAGAUGCUGACGGCCCAGAACGUCUAUCACACGGCCCACUGUUUCCUUUUCGUGCUGCUGCUCGGCUUCCUGCACACCAGGUUCAUGCAGGACGCUUAUCUGCUUUGGGUGUGCUACGUGGUGUUGUUCUUCUUGGCGACGUUUUGCGCCCUGGCGCUGCCUCUCUAUCCCAGUGCUGCGGCUGACAAGGUGUCGGCCGAGGGCACGUGGCAAGUGGUGUUCGUCGUCUUCCUGGCGUACUCCAUGAUGCCCCUCAAAUCCUGGGUGGCGGCCGUUUUCGGAUUUCUGCUGUGCUGCGCCCAUGUCGCCGUUUCCGCCGUUUUCGCCACCGAUUUUCCACAUCUUCGAUGGGAACAGUUAAUAGCAAAUGUGUUGGUUUUCGUCUGCGUAAAUGUGGUGGGCAUCUUCAUGCAUAACUUGAUGGAGCACGCGCAGAGGAAGGCAUUUCUGGAUACAAGAAAUUGUAUAGCGGCACGUUUGGAAAUGGAGGAUGAAAAUGAAAAAUUGGAACGACUUCUUCUGUCCGUGUUGCCUCAACACGUUGCAAUGGAAAUGAAGAAUGACAUUAUAUCUCCUGUGGAGGGACAGUUUCACAAAAUUUAUAUUCAGAAACACGAAAAUGUCAGUAUUUUGUUCGCCGAUAUUGUUGGAUUCACCGUUUUGGCGUCCCAAUGCACCGCUCAAGAGUUGGUUAGGCUGUUGAACGAACUCUUCGGGCGGUUUGAUCAACUUGCUAAUGACAACCAUUGUCUACGCAUCAAGAUACUCGGCGACUGCUACUACUGCGUGUCGGGAUUGCCGGAGGCCCGCGCCGACCACGCGAACUGCACAGUCGAAAUGGGCCUCGACAUGAUCGACGCCAUCGCCAGCGUCGUGGAGGCGACGGACGUGCAGUUGAAUAUGCGUGUCGGCAUCCAUUCGGGACGCGUGCUGUGCGGCGUGCUCGGCCUGCGCAAGUGGCAGUACGACGUCUGGUCCAACGAUGUUACUCUGGCCAACAACAUGGAAGCAGGCGGAGAACCGGGACGCGUUCACAUCACUCAAGCAACUUUGGACUAUUUGGGCGGCGAAUACGAAGUAGAACCCGGCAAUGGUGCCUCAAGGAACCAAUACUUGAGGGACCAUUGUGUGACCACGUAUUUUAUUGUGCCUCCGGCUAGAAGAAGAAAGCCUCUGUUGUUCAACACACUUCAGGUCCGUUCCGCCCUCGGCGCCGCCCAGCGACGGAAGCUCAGCUUCAAGAACGUCAGCAAUGUGGUCGUGCAGCUGCUCCACUCGAUCAAAUACUCCAUGGAGGUGCCGUUCUCCAACAUGGCCCUGCAGACGGACAUCAAGACGACCAACGCCAGAAAGAAUAAAGUGACCGAGAAGUUCAAGCGUCCGUUCAAGAAGCGCCAUUCGAGCGUCUACCAUCAGCCGUCCAACAGGGUGAACAAGUACCUGGCUCAAGCGAUCGAAGCGAGAAGCGUGGACAGGGAGAAAUCCACGCACGUCAACCUGUUCACGUUGUGUUUCAAGGACAGCAGCAAGGAGAAUCAGUACCAUGACGACUUAGACGUGGGAUAUAGUUCGGCUUUGGCUUGCGCCUUAAUUCUUCUGGUGCUGCUGGGCAGUCUCCAGGCAGCCGUACUACCCCGCACCCUCAUUCUUCUACUCCUCUUCCUUACCGCCUUCAUUUGGAUCUCAGUUGUAUUAAUGCUUCUACUUGCCGUACGUUUGCGAUGGAUCAUCUGGGAUAUUUCCCACAGUUUUGUGUUACGACUUGCAAUCACCGUAUUUACCAUCGUGCUUAUUUAUACUGUUGCUCAAGUAAAUGUGUUUACUUGUAAAUCGGAUGUUCCUUGCACGAGUCACACAACAGCAAAUGUAACGCUGGAUAUUGGGAACGUGUUGGAGAGAGAUCACAGGGCGUGCCCUUUGCCCCAAUAUAUAGUACUAUCCUGCGCACUAGGAUAUCUUGCAGUUGCAAUCUUCUUGAGGUUGCCAAUCCUACUUAAAGCCUCCUUAUUAGCGAUCAUGUCGACCGUUUAUAUACUAUUUAUUGAAUUAUCUCACAUCGAUUUGUUCUUGUGCUAUGAUAUUAGAGUCAGUUCCGUGAUACCCAACCACAUAGUAAGUGUGGUGCAAGUGCUGAUGUUCGUACUUGCAGUACUACUCCACGGCAGGCAAGUGGAGUGGACCGCCCGAUUAGAUUUCCUGUGGCAGAUACAGGCAAACGAGGAAAAACGAGAAAUGGACGCUCUUCAGCACUCUAACAAGAGGAUACUCUUUAAUCUUUUACCGGCCCACGUGGCCACACAUUUUCUGGAUAACCAAUUCCGAAACAAUAUGAAUACUCUAUCACAGGAACUAUACCAUCAGAGUUAUUCACGGGUUGGUGUUGUGUUCGCAUCAAUUACGAAUUACCAUGAAUUUUACACAGAACUCGACGGUAAUAAUCAAGGUGUCGAAUGUUUAAGACUUCUGAACGAAAUCAUUGCCGAUUUUGACGACUUGCUGAGCGAAGAAAGAUUCAAAGCUAUUGACAAAAUAAAAACAGUGGGAUCCACAUACAUGGCGGCUGUGGGACUAAUGCCUGAUUUAAGAAUACUCAACGACGAUGACACUACUGCUGGAAUACAUUUGAGUACACUGGUCGAAUUUGUAUUUGCAAUGCGAGAUCGUCUCCUCAACAUCAAUGAGAACUCUUACAAUAAUUUUAUGCUACGAGUUGGUAUAAACAUAGGUCCAGUGGUGGCUGGCGUGAUCGGUGCCAGGAAGCCCCAGUACGACAUCUGGGGUAACACCGUGAAUGUAGCGAGUCGCAUGGACUCAACUGGUUUGCCCAAUCACACUCAAGUAACCGAAGAAGUUUACCAAGUCCUGCGCACGUAUCCAUACGAAUUCCAAUGUCGUGGCAAGGUGAAAGUUAAGGGCAAAGGCGACAUGACCACAUACUUUUUAAUAGACAGAAAACAACCGGGGACAUUAAGGGUGGAGGAAUUAAAUAGCAUGCGAUCGAACGCGAACACAAGCAAUGUAAAUAAUAUGUACGGGGGCGUGGCUACGCCGCUCGCACUCUUGCACCACGGCGACGUCACCAACAGACCGACCAAGCACACGAUGCCGAGCAGGUCGAACUCGAGGGAUGAAAGCUAUGGUGGCGCCCGCAACCCGCUCAGAUUGCCGCCACUCAGGGAGACCGGUCCGAGAGACCACAUCAACAAUGGCUGUGAGAACGAACCGCUGUUACCAAAUGUUACCGGAAAAGGUGUGAGAAACGGUAAAAAAUCAUGCCAAGAAGAGAAUCUACCUCCGCCGCCGUUACCUCCCCAUAAAAGCAACUAUCCCCAAGCACAGUGGCAGCCACCUGACAUGAAAUACAACCCUCCAUGGCCUAGGGGUCCCAGUCCUUACACAUCCAUAAACGCCAACCCUAUGGAUAAUAUGAAACCUUACUUGAAACCUUUGCCCAAACCACCAGGUAAAGAAUCUCCAAACAGACAUCACAGGAAGCACAUCCAAAAUGCCACGGGUCCCGUUCCCCCACCACAUCAACAAACUUUCGUGCAAAUGGUACACCAAAGAACACCAGAGCCUGAAAUUUUGAAGAAUAAAAUACAGACUCGACAUAAUCCUCUAGCUAAUAGACACAGUCCGUUACACACACGUCACAGUCCGCAUCACAACAGACAUAGUCCUCUACAACGUCAUUAUUCAGAUGAGAGUUUGGGUGGUUUCUACAACAGUGGAGCCCCACAACGCAUUCACUCAUCAGCCGACGAGAUAAGCUCACUAAACCACUCUCCAAGUAUCAGCAGUUCAGAUGAAAGCUACAGCCGUACGACCGACGCUGAUGCUUCACCUUGUGUUUCACCACCCCUACCUGCUGACGCGCAACAAUUCCUCUUCCCCUCUGACAUUCAGGUUAAUCCUUUGUCGUCACCCGAAAUCUCUCCCAGAGCAUCUUUGGAUUACAUACCUCCGAACUGUUCCUUGAGGAACAAUUCCAGCGAUCGGGGCGGUGGAAAAAGAAACAACUUACCUCCGAGUGCAGUGCUGGCUCUGGCAAAUACGUGUAAUACGGUGGACUCGUCAAUUAUUACUAGCCCACCUGUAUUGGACGGAGACGAAAGUUACAGAGGUGAAAGCUGCGCUAGCUUCGAGUUUGUCAGUAAACCAAAACAAAAGCCAUCAUCACUAUUACGCGCAACCAGCGCCAAUGGGCAAGUACCCAAAUCAACAAAGCAAAAAAGUUUGGACAAACAUUUGCGCAACGAUAGUGACUCGAUACUGGAGUGUAACAAACUCACUUCGAAUUGCAAGCGUUCUCCUAGUUUCAAGGAAGCUGAAGAGAUACGUGAACUGCUUAAGGAGGAUGACACCAAGACCUCGAUUUGUAGUGAUAAAAGUUUGAAGAAAGAUGGAUCCUGUCAAACAGACAAAAAAGACUUAAGGCGACUAAAAAUGUCUCCUAGUGGAUUCAGGGAUAAGGUAUCACCAAAUGCAAAGGUCAAUAAUACGGACAGUUGCGAUAACACGAUAGGGCCAUUCGAGAGGGAGAUUCAGAAGCUAUUGGAUGAACAGAAUUUGCUCCAAAACAUACCGCCCAAGUACGAGCUCAAUCAGCAGAAUAAGGAUCUGGCUUUGGAGCCACUUGUCAGUGAUCGUAGGUACGCGCCGAAUAACAAUAAUCACCAGGUGGGACUGGCGGCGAUUCAGGCGCUGGCGCUCGGCCUCCGGGUCAACCCAACUGGCAGCGUGACCCUCCAGUGCAUGUCGCCGACGAGAGCAAGCAGCAAAGAGGGAUCGCUAAAGAGGGGCGCGGCCUCGCCCCCAGGUCCGCCGCCCGACACUCUUAAACAGCCUAAAGUGUCGCCCCUAGACAGGACGGUAAAAUCGACGGAAGAGCAGGACGUAGACUGUGAUAUGCCUGAAGUUCAAAGACAAGAUGAUGACACGGAUUUGGAGAGUUUCGAGAGGGAGGAGCAAAGGAUGAUGGAAGAAGCGGCUCAGCCAGUAGACAAGGAAUUGGAGGAAGAGGUUAAAAGACUGCUAGAAGAGAAGGUCCAGGAGAAAUUGAAGAACUUAGAAAACGCGAUAAUGGAGAACCAGAUGCACGGCACUGGUGCUGGAGCCGAGGGUAGUGUAUCUGAGUGGUCAGAGGAUGAGGAUGGUGGUGCUUCAGAACCGUUACUCAACGAUCGGGAAUCCACGGGAUAUACGACGGACGAUCCCGCCCUGGAGAAUAUAUCCAUGAUCAACGAGACGGGACUAACCGAUGCUGAAGGAGCAUUAAGUGACGUGAAUUCGGCGUACAACGAUCACAACCACGACGGAGACAUGGACGACAACACGAGCAUGUCUUCACGCGCCUCCUCUCGCAUAUUCGAUUCGGACGCUAUGAUGUCCUUAGACUCGUUGAGUGCGCUCUACGACUCGGAAUACGACAACUGUUAUCGGACGGACGACGACCUGAACGCUGUGCCAGACCUGGACCGGCUCAACUAUUUUUCAGUGCCUGCCGCCAACGAUGUGCACCUGGCGAACAUACGCUCAAUGAGCGAGAGCAUCACGCGAAACUUUGGGCAGCCUCGCAGCGAAACUGAUCCCGAUAGUGACGUGUAAUGGGUGCGGUCAUUGGCGGUGUUGUUUGAAUUGGAUUUGCAAUCCCCCUCCACUAGUUUGCAUAAAAAGUAUAUAAGUAAAAAUUAUGUGGGAUCGUGAUUACUCCAGUUGUGUGAAACGAAGAGAUUUUUUAAGAGGAUAUUUCAAUAUUUUUGUUCAAGAUCGGGCAUCUACAGUUGAAUUGCAAAUUUAUAUCCGUGCAUGGAUCAAUUGUGUAACAUACAUUCACCAUUCAAAUUUUGCUUAGCCGUAUUUUACAUUGGAGACUAACAAGUACCUAUAUUCGAAAAUUACCCUAAAAUUUAUUAUUUUUAUGGAUGAUUAUGAUACACCUUAUAGAUGUUAAGCGCGAAUGCUUGUAAGCAUUUAAGGACUGACCAUUUUGUGAUUUUAGUACAUAAUGAGCUCUCUAUCAAUUAAUAUCAUCCAUAAUUUGUUAUUGGUAAAUACCAAAGAAUGUCCUUUAAAUUUAAUAAGAGUUCGAUUUUAAUAUUCAAAAACUUUUAAAUGGUACUCACGUAACUAGUGUUUAGUUUGUUCAGAGUCUAAUUUUAUGUGUUAAUUAAUACUUUAUUUAAUGUUACCAUUACUUGAUGCAAUAUAGUUUUCCUAUUUACAAGUUCUAUUUAAGUAAAGUGUAUAUUUUUUGUACUUAAAACGUUUUAUUUUUCAAAGUAGUUUUAUAACUUAACUCAAAAUAUAUUUUUAUGUAAAUUGACUUUCUUUAAAUGUAUGUGAAAACUGGGCCAAACAAGUAUGCCAUUAUUAAAAUGUUGCUUGGGCAAAGUACAUGUUUUGGUCCAAUAUAUUUUCCUCUUGUAAUAUAGAUAGUUAAAUAUAUAUUUGUUUUCUGUGAUCACCAUUUUUAUAUGUAGCACUUUCAAUAUAUUGGUGGUAUGUAUAUACAUUUGAAAAAAUAUCUCCUCAAUGAGUAUAAAUAAAUCCGAUCUUGAUAUUAAA